AAAAAGAUUUGAUACAAUUUUAUAACCUGCACUCUUAUUUCACAAACACAAUAUACAAACUCUCUUUAGGCAAGAAAAAGGUGGUGGGGUAGAGCUUUCUUUACAAGAGUGCAGUACUUGUAAAGAUACAACAAGAAGGUUGGGCUGUUGUAUCCUGAGGGCGGUGUGACCAUAAAAAUCUACUGCAUCAGUGACACGAAACGUCUUAAAGAGAGUGAUUGAUCUACGCCUCAGCUCAAGCUCCUCAUACUUUUGGAAGGGGCCACUGCAGUUCACAUCUUGGGAAAAAAAAAAGAAAAAAGAAAGCAUCUUUAGAAGACUUUGAAAAUGGCAUCGUGGACUUGAAUCACGUUGGAAAAUUGUUUAACGUUCAGUUCACGUCUUGAGUUCAUAAUUUAGAAAUAUGUACACCGUUAAGGAAGGCAAACCUAUGAUUAUUAUUAUUUUUUUGUACAUUGGAGGAGACUUGUGAAAUGAGCAUUGUUAUCAAAACCUCAGUUGCUGAUUUUCUUUUCUUGUUCUUUCUGGUUGUUUUGUCUUGCUGUGUUGGUCAUUGCUCAUGUGUAAUUGAAGCGAUCUGCCAAGGAGACUCAAUUAGGGAUGAUACAAAAGAAACCCUGAUUUCUGAUGAUGGGAAUUUUCAAUUGGGGUUUUUCAGCCCAGGAAAUUCUACAUUAAGAUAUGUGGGCAUAUGGUAUCAUCCCGAAUCUACGGGAGGCGAAAAAGUAAUGGUGUGGGUAGCAAAUAGAGAUGCUCCAAUCUCUGAUAGAAAUGGAGUUUUGAGGAUUGGAAAUGAUGGUAAUUUAGUGAUUUCAGAUGGUAAUAACACCACUGUUUGGAAUUCAAGUGCCGAGGUUCCACCAAAUAACACAGUAGCAUUUCUCUUGUCCACAGGGAAUUUAGUUCUGUCAAAUAAUUAUUCUCCGUUAGGCGAAGAUUGCGGUCGUUCGUAUAACGGUCGUUCGUAUAACGGUGAAAGCCAUCAUUGGCAGAGCUUCGAUAAUCCUUCAGAUACGAUGUGGAGAAGUGGGUAUUGGGAUGGAUCGAUAUUUACUGGUGUCCCCAAUAUAACGGAUAGUUUUUUAGAUGGUUUUAGUUUUGCUUCGUUUGAUGAAAAUGGGACCAUUUAUUUGACUUAUACUCCUUCAAAGGAUACUGCAUGGAGCAUGAUUCGAAUAGGGUGGGAUGGGAAGUGGGAGCAAUGGAAGCAGGAUGAUGACAUAAUCCGUUCGACUGUGUUGAAAUCAGAGCCUGCCAAUGAUAGUGAAUUUUACAACUUUUGUGGAAAUUCUGGGGUCUAUGAUGUCUCCAAAUCUCCCAAGUGCAGCUGCCUACCAGGGUUUGAACCCAAUAAUGCAGAGGAAUGGAACAGAGGAAUUUGGACAAAUGGAUGUGCUAGAAGAACAGAACUGCAGUGCAGUAGAACACCUAGCAGCAGUGAAGUAGGGAAGGAAGAUGGGUUUUUGAAACUGAAGAUGAUGAAAUUGCCAGACUUCUUUAACAAGCAGUCCGUGAACUCCGAAGAUGAAUGCAGAUCCUGGUGCCUGAACAACUGCUCCUGUAUUGCUUACGCAUAUGAUGGAUUUAUAGGAUGUAUGUCAUGUUUGCAUAAAAACUUGACUGAUACUGCGAAGUUCUCGAGUGGCGGGAAAGAACUUUAUAUUAAACUGGCAUACUCUGAAUUUGAUAAAGAGGAGAAGGAAAAACUAAUAAUUAUAAUUACAGCUAUAAGCAUAGGAACAAUUUACAUCUUCUGCACAUUUUUCUUAUGGAGGCAUAUGGAUAUAUAUAAAAGAAGAGCAAGGGACGAAAACAUAGAAGACAUAGUGUUGUUUGAUAGAGGGAAGACCAGCACAAGCAAGGUUGAACUCCAAGAGGCACCAUUAUUCAAAUUUGUGGAACUAACAACCGCAACAAACAACUUUAAUACAGCAUAUCUGCUAGGACAGGGAGGUUUUGGUUCGGUAUACAGGGGAACGUUGCACAAUGGGCAGGAAAUAGCAGUAAAGAGGCUGGAGGUGGCAGGAAGAUCAGGCCAAGAAGGGAGUCAAGUUAAUAGGCCAGAGUUACCAUUGUUCAACUUCAAAUGUGUGGCGGCUGCUACAAACAACUUCUCUGAAGAAAGUAAACUAGGGCAGGGGGGAUUUGGUCCUGUGUACAAGGGAGAGCUUCCUGGCGGUCAACAAAUAGCAGUAAAGAGACUGUCAAAGGCAUCAAGGCAGGGUUUAGAGGAAUUUAAGAAUGAAGUGUUGGUCAUCUCCAAUCUCCAACAUCGAAAUCUUGUAAAACUCCUAGGCUAUUCUGUUGAGGGAGAAGAGAAGAUUUUGGUCUACGAAUACAUGCCAAACAACAGCUUGGACACAUAUUUGUUUGAUCAGCUCAAAAAAGAACUCCUACAAUGGAGAGAACGUUUCCACAUCAUUGAAGGAAUCAGCCGAGAUCUUCUUUAUCUGCAUCAAGAUUCUAGACUACGUAUUAUUCAUAGAGAUUUAAAGGCAAGUAAUGUUUUGUUAGAUGAAAGUUUGAAACCAAAAAUUUCAGAUUUUGGAUUGGCUAGGGUUUUUGGAGACAAUGAAGAUCAAGCCAAUACUAAAAGGGUUGUUGGAACAUAUGGUUAUAUGUCUCCUGAAUAUGCAAUGGAUGGACUAUUUUCAGAGAAAUCUGAUGUAUUUAGCUAUGGUGUUUUAUUGCUAGAGAUUGUUAGUGGGAGAAGAAACACCAGUUUUUACAAUGAUAAACAUUUAAGCCUUGUGGGUUAUGCUUGGACAUUGAGGAAUGAAGGCAACAUUUUGGCUUUGGUUGAUAACUUGGUCUCCGAUCCAUGCCAUCGUGAGGAGGUUCUAAGGUGCAUACAUGUGGGAUUGCUGUGUGUGCAACAAUUCGCGAAAGAUAGACCUGACAUGUCCACAGCCAUUUUAAUGCUUAACGGUGUAAUUGUGGAUCUUCCUUCUCCAAAACAACCUGCUUUCACUCAAAGACAGAAUAAUGCAUCACAUGCAAAGUCCCCUCCUCAGCAUGAUCAACAGGAAUGCUCUCUAAACAAUGUGACUCUCUCAACGGUUGAAGGACGAUAAAAAGAAAGUUCUUCAUAUGAUUGGUUCUUCAUAUGAUUGGUUCUUCCUGGAAAGAAAUUUCAUCUUUGGUUUUAGUCAAUAAUUUGUAAUUUUUAACAAAAUGUCAAACUUUUU